AUGGCCUUACAGAAGGAUGCAGAGAAUAGCUGGGAUGAGAACUACCCCGAGAACAAGAUGAAGGAGCAGAAGUGUAGCCCAAAGGAAGAGGAUGAGAAGAUGGAGGAUAGAGAGGAGAAUGAUGACUAUGAUGAUGAUUUGUAUGAGGAGGAGGAGGAAGAUGAGAAUGAAGGUGACCAGGAUGAGGAGGAGAAGGAGGAUGAAGGCACAGCAGGCCCCUCUGUGCCAGGUGAGCAGCAGAAUCAGUGCCCUGAGUGUGGGCAGAGCUUCCCAGCUGGCUCCGAGCUGAUGAAGCAUCACUGCCCCCACCCUGGCACCCGGCCCUUCAUCUGUGGUGACUGUGGCAAGAGGUUCAGCAGGAACAAUGACCUCAUACAGCACUGCCUCACCCACACCAGUGAGAAGUCUUUCACCUGUCCUGACUGCAGCAAGAGCUUCAAACACAGCUCCAGCCUCACCAUCCACCGCCGCAUCCACACACGAGAGAAUCUGUUCCCCUGUGCUGAGUGCGGCAAGAGCUUCACCACGAGCACUUUAUUCAUCCGGCACCAACUCAUCCACAGCGGUGACAAACCCUACAGCUGUGCCCACUGCGGCCAGAGCUUCACGCAGAGGUCUUACCUCAACCAGCACCGUCGUGUGCACACUGGUGAGAAGCCUUUCAGCUGUGCUGACUGUGGCAAGAACUUCACAGUAAGGUCCAACCUCACCCAGCACCGUCGUGUGCAUACUGGGGAGAGGCCUUUCACCUGUGCUGACUGUGGCAAGAGCUUCAAACACAGCUCCAGCCUCACCAUCCACCGCCGCAUCCACACCGGAGAGAAGCUGUUCCCCUGUGCUGAGUGCGGCAAGAGCUUCACCACGAGCACUUCGUUCAUCCAGCACCAGCUCAUCCACAGUGGUGAAAAACCCUACAGCUGUGCCCACUGUGGGAAGAGCUUCACCUGCAGCUCUACCCUCACCAAGCAUCAUCGUGUGCACACUGGUGAGAAGCCGUUCACCUGUGCUGACUGUGGCAAGAGCUUCAAAACCAUCUCCACUCUCACCAAGCACCGUCAUGUGCACAAUGGUGAGAAGCCUUUCAGCUGUGCUGAGUGCGGCAAGAGCUUCACAGACAGCUCCACUAUCAACAAGCACCGUCGUGUGCAUGCUGGUGAGAAGCCUUUCACCUGUGGUGACUGUGGCAAGAGCUUCAAACACAGCUCCACCCUCACCAUCCACCGCCGCAUCCACACCGGAGAGAAGCUGUUCCCCUGUGCUGCGUGUGGCAAGAGCUUCACCACGAGCACUUUGUUCAUCCAGCACCAACUCAUCCACAGCAGUGACAAACCCUACAGCUGUGCCCACUGUGGCAAGAGCUUCACACGGAGCUCCACCCUCACCGAGCACUGUCAUGUGCACACUGGAGCAAAGCCUUUCACCUGUGCCGACUGUGGCAAGAGCUUCAGCAGCAGGUCUGACCUCACCAAGCACCAUCGUCUGCAUACUGGAGAGAAGCCUUUCACCUGCCCUGACUGUGGUAAGAGCUUUACACAGAGCACCAGCCUCACCCAGCACCGUCGUAUGCUCACUGGGGAGAAGCCUUUAAUCUGUGCUGACUGUGGCAAGAGCUUCGGUAGCAACUCUGCCCUCACCAGGCACCACAGUGUGCACAGAACUGAAGAGUUCUUCACCUGUGCUGACUGCGGCAAGAGCUUCAAACACAGCUCCAGCCUCACCAUCCACCGCCGCAUCCACACCGGAGAGAAGCUGUUCCCCUGUGCUGAGUGUGGCAAGAGCUUCACCACGAGCACUUCAUUUAUCCAGCACCAACUCAUCCACAGCGGUGACAAACCCUACAGCUGUGCCCACUGCGGCAAGAGCUUCACACACAGCUCCCAUCUCACCAGGCAUCGACGCAGCCACACAGGUGAGAAAUCCUUCACCUGCAAGGACUGUGGCAGGAGUUUCAAACACAGCUAUAGCCUCACCAUCCACCGUCGCAUCCACACCGGAGAGAAGCUGUUCCCCUGUGCUGAGUGCGGCAAGAGUUUCACCACGAGCAGUUCAUUCAUCCGGCACCAACUCAUCCACAGCGGUGACAAACCCUACAGCUGUGCCCACUGCAGCAAGAGCUUCACCUGUAGCUUCUCUGUCACCAAACAUCGUCAUGUGCACACCACUGAGAAGCCUUUCACCUGUGCUGACUGUGGCAAGAGAUUCAAAUACAGCUGCACCCUCACCACGCACCGCCGCAUCCACACUGGAGAGAAGCUGUUCCCCUGUGCUGAGUGUGGCAAGAGCUUCACCACAAGCACUUUAUUCAUCCGGCACCAACUCAUCCACAGCGGUGACAAACCCUACAGCUGUGCUGAGUGCGGCAAGAGCUUCACACAGAGCUCAACCCUAACCCAGCACCAUCGUGUGCACACUGGAGAGAAGCCGUUCACCUGUGCUGACUGUGGAAAGAGCUUCACCAGCAGCUCCUAUCUCACCCAGCACCGUCGUGUGCACACUGGUGAGAAGCCUUUCACAUGUGCUGACUGUGGUAAGUGCUUCGCAAAGAGCUCCAAGCUCACCCAGCACCGUCGUGUGCAUACUGGGGAGAAGCCUUUCACUUGUGCUGACUGUGGCAAGAGCUUCACCCGCAGCUCCUAUCUCAACAAGCAUCGCUGCAGCCACACCAGUCAGCAGCCCACACUCUGGGGGAUGAGCAAGUAG